AAAGUUUAGAAUAAAAAUCAAGGUUUUUUUUUUUUUUUUUUUAGAAUUAGAGAAAUGGAUAGCACCGUGAAAGAAUAAAAAGGCAAUAUUCAAGGGUUUUGGGGUUUAGGGAUUUUUUAUUUUUAUUUUUGAGAGAUAUGGAUAGCAGCUUGGAGAACAUUCUUCAAGAUGGGAAGCUAUACAGACAGCUUAAUUCUCUCAUCGUGGCUCACCUUCGCCACAACAAUCUCAAUCAGGCUGCAAGUGCGGUUGCUUCUGCAACAAUGACACCCUUGAAUGUUGAAGCCCCGGCUAAUAGACUUCUUGAGUUGGUUGCUAUGGGUCUUGCAGUUGAAAAAGAUGAGAUGGUAAGAGGGGUUCCUUCAUCUCUAUCAUAUGAUUCAAGUACAUUAAUGCCCGCAGGAUGUGGUUCAAUUCAUGGUUCUCGUUCUGCCACUGUUGAUUUCAGUGCUGUGCAAGAUACAAAAGGCUCUUCAAAGAGUUUCCCCAAGCAUGAGACGAGGCAUCUUUCAGAGCACAAAAAUGUUGCCAGAUGUGCUAGGUUUAGUCCUGAUGGGAAGUAUAUUGCAACCGGAAGUUCUGAUACAUCAAUAAAGCUUUUUGAGGUUUCGAAAAUCAAGCAAAUGAUGUUGCCAGAUCAAAGAGAUGGUCCUGUGCGACCCGUAAUAAGGACAUUUUAUGAUCACACUCAGCCAAUAAACGACUUGGAUUUCCAUCCAGAAAGCAAUAUUCUUAUUUCUGCAUCGAAAGAUCAUACAAUAAAGUUCUUUGAUAUUUCCAAGAUGACCGCAAAGAGGGCAUUUAGAGUUAUUCAGGAUACACACAAUGUGCGUUCAGUUUCUUUCCAUCCCUCUGGGGAUUUUCUUUUGGCAGGAACUGAUCAUCCCAUUCCUCAUUUGUACGACAUUAACACUUUCCAGUGUUACCUCUCUGCUAAUGUACCAGAGAUUGGUGUUGGUGGAGCAAUAAAUCAGGUCAGGUAUUCAGCUACAGGCGGCAUGUAUGUUACUGCUUCUAAAGAUGGUGCAAUACGUAUAUGGGAUGGUAUAAAUGCGAGUUGUGUACGUUCCAUAGUUGGUGCACACGGGACAUCGGAGGCCACCAGUGCUAUUUUUACCAAGGACCAAAGGUUCAUUCUCUCUUGUGGGAAGGACUCCACUGUGAAGCUAUGGGAAGUUAGCACUGGAAGAUUGGUCAAACAAUACCUAGGCGCCAUUCAUACACAGUUGCGAUGCCAGGCUAUUUUCAAUGAUACCGAAGAAUUUAUACUAUCCAUAGAUGAACCUAACAACGAGAUUGUGGUAUGGGAUGCGGUGACGACAGAAAAGGUGGCAAGGUGGCCUUCCAACCAUAUUGGGGCUCCUCGUUGGCUUGAGCACUCACCAGUAGAGGCUGCAUUUGUUUCCUGCGGUACUGACAAGUCAAUCCGUUAUUGGAAAGAAAAUCUCUAGUCAGAGUUCCAGACUAACUGCUAUUUAUUUAUUUAUUUUAUAUGCAAUUUUAUGGGAAAAAAAAAAAAGUAGCUAAUAAUUUUUAUUCCACUUGAUUUCUCAUGUUAGAUUAAAUGUUUAUUUAUUUAGGUAUAUGAUGUCUCCACA